UAUUUCUCUGCACCCUUAAAUUUAUGUUUAAUCGUGAAGAAAAUGAACUGCGUGAGGCUUCUUUUAUUAGUCUGUGAUUCUUUCCACUUAUCUUUGUUGAUUUGUUGCAAUAACCUGUUUAUUAAUAUUUUUUAUGUAUGCUAUAGAUCAUUGCAGUAAGUAUGAGUUGAAGUGUAUUUUUUGACUCUGUAGAUAAGAAGCAAUCAAAUUAGUGCUGAUCUGUGUAUCAUCGGCACGCUGCUCGAUUAGUUCAAUUAGUAAUUGCAAACAUUAAGUCACAGCUUUUCAGUCCACAUAUGCUUUUCAAAAUAAUUUAUAAUGGCUAAUGGCCAUCUGUUUUCUCUCUUUCUCUCUGUAUGUGUGUGUGAUUGUUCUUCUCUAGCAGCAGCAGGUAGAAGCAGUCCAGAACUUGAUCGUCCUAACAUGAGUGAUCUGAGGAUUGUUCUGAUAGGAAAGAAUGGAUCAGAAAACAGACGAGUGGGAAACACUAUACUAGGUACAACAACAUUUGACUGUGAAGCUCCAUGUUAUUUACAGCGGCACAUUGAAGGAAUCAGUGGUGAGGUGGAGGAGAGAAAGAUAACAGUCAUCAACACUCACCUGCUCCAGACGAAUCAUCAGCAUCAGAUCACACAGACAGUGAGAGAGUGUGUGUCUCUGUCUGCUCCAGGACCUCAUGUGUUUGUACUCGUACUGCAGUAUAAUAACUUCAGUGAGAACGACAGACACAGAGUGAAAUAUGUGCUGAAUCUCUUCAGUGAGCAGGCCAUUAAACACACUAUAGUGCUGACUACUGAUGAAGAGACACGCAGAUCAAUAUUAGCUUCUAGGAAUAACACUGUUCAUGGUUUAAUAAAGGAGUGUGGAGGAGGACAUCUGAAGUUUGAUACAGUAAACCCAGGAUGGCGCUCUGAGCUGUUCAGAAGGAUAGAUGAGAUACUCAAGAAAGAGCGUGAAGUAUUUCUCAUCUGUAACAUGUUUGAGGAUGAAGGUGAAGGAACAUCAAUUGCUGGAGAUCAGAGCAGAUCUGGAGCUUCAGUCAGAGACUACGAGAAAGAGAAGAAGGAUUCUAAACCCAAUGAGAGCACAAAAACAGCAAGUGACAGAGGAGUGUCGACUACAGGAAAAACAAAGCUGAACAUGGUGCUGUGUGGAAAUAAUCCAACACUCAAGAACUCAGUGUCUAAAAUAUUUAGAGGAGUAACGAGUAAACCUCGGAAAGAAGGAAGUAAAGUGUGUGUGAUUAAAGAGGUCAAGAUUCAUGGACGUCAGAUCAGUGUAACAGAGCUUCCAGCUCUCUCUCGGCUCUCAGAGGAGGAAGUGAUGCGGGAGACUCUCCGCUGUGUGUCUCUCUGUGAUCCUGGAGUUCAUCAGUUCAUCCUCAUUACUCCUGUUACUCCACUUACUAAUGAAGACAGAGCAGAAAUGGAGAAGAUUAAAGGAAUAUUUAACUCACAAGAGCACUUCAUGGUGCUUUUCAUUACUGAACUCACUGUUGACCAAAGUGUGACAGAUUUUGUAGAAUCCACAGAAUCUCAGAGGAUUGUGAGUCUCUAUGGGAGCUGGUGCAGUGUGACGGGGUUAAAGGACCAGAGAAACUCUCAACAGAUCUUAAAGAUUCUAGAUGUUAUAGACAGCAUGAAGACUGAACCCUAUUCUCUUCAGAUGUAUUUGAGAGCUCCAGAGAAGAGAGUCAGACAUGAUCUACAGGAGAAACUGAGAGUGAGAGACAAUGAAAUCAAAGAGUUACAGCAGAAGAUCAAGACACUGGCUCCAGAGGGUGUGAAGCUGAAUCUGGUUGUGUGUGGGAGUAACAGAGGAUUAAAAUCCUUCAUCUCAAACCUGAUCCUGAAGCAGAGCGAGAGAAGAUCAGAGCUCAGCUCAGAGUGUGUGAGGAGAGACGUGGAGCUUGAUGGACGUCUGAUCAGUCUGCUGGAGCUUCCAGUUCUGUUCAACACUCAGCUCUCAGAGGAGGAAGUGAUGCGUCAAACUCACCGCUGUGUGUCUCUCUGUGAUCCUGGCAUUCAUGUUUUCAUCCUCAUCAUUCCUGAUGCUCCACUUAAUAAUGAAGACAGAGGAGAAAUAGAGGAGAUCCAGAGGAUAUUCAGCUCAAGAAUCAACAAACACAUCAUGAUCCUCAUAAAGCAGAAUCCAGAGCGUCAGACAGCAGAACUAAAUGAAGAAACACAGUCUGUCAUUCAGAGUUUAGGAGGACGACAUCAGUUGAUUGACCUGAACACACAAGUGUCUGUGUUGAUGGAGAAACUGGAGCAGAUGGUUGAGGAAAAUAGUGGUGAUUGUUUCUCCACAGAGACAUUGUUGGAGGCACAGAUGGAGAAACUGAAGGAAUUAGAAGAAAUAAAGAGAAUCCAUUCAUUAGAGACUUGCUUUCAGUCACAAGAUUCCAGAGACAGAGAAGAUGAACUGAGGAUUGUGCUUCUGGGAAAAACUGGAGCUGGGAAGAGUGCAACUGGAAAUACCAUCUUAGGAAGAGAAGCGUUUUUAUCAGACUUUUCUGAAACAUCUGUUACUAAACAGUGUCAGAGACAGACAGCUGAAAUCAGCAGCAGACACAUUACUGUGAUCGACACUCCAGGACUGUUUGCUACUGAACUCAGUAAUGAAGAAAUCCAGAGAGAAAUCAGUAACUGCAUCCCCAUGAUCCUGCCUGGACCACAUGUGUUUCUCUUACUGAUAUCAUUGGGACGAUUCACUCCAGAAGAACAAAGAGCAGUAAAGAUCAUCCAAGAGACGUUUGGUGAAAAUUCUUUAAUGUACACCAUAGUGCUCUUCACCAGAGGAGACUUUUUGAAGAAGAAAACCAUUGAUCAGUUUCUGGAAAAACCUGGAUCUGCUUUGAAUCAACUGAUUGAAGCAUGUGGGAACAGAUUCCAUGUGUUUAAUAAUGAGACAGAAGACCGAACACAGGUGACUGAUCUACUGCAGAAGAUAGACAACAUGGUGAAAGAGAACGGAGAGAGUUACUACUCAUGUAAGAUGUUCAGAGAGAUGGAGAGAGACAUACAAGAACAACAGAUGAAGAUACUGAUGGAGAAAGUGGAGCAAGUGAUCAGAGAAAGAGAGGAAUUAAUGAACAAACAUAAAGAAGAGAAAAAGAAGAUGAAGAUAAAGAUGCAGGAAGAAUGUGACAAAGAGAAAAAGAGAAAAGAAGAAGAAUUUAGAGAAAGAGAAGAACGAUAUAAAAGAGAUAUAAAAGAUGUAGAGGAACAAGAAAGAAAGAUACGAGAGGAGCUGAAGAGAGAACGAGAAGAGAUGAAGAGAGAACAAGAGGAAUGGGAGAAACAGAAACAACAGGAAAGACAAAGAGAAGAAGAGGAGGAUGAGAGAAGGAGAAAGAGAGAACAUGAAAUGUGGGAUGAAUAUAAUCAGAGACUUAAACAAGAGAGAGAGAGAAUGAAGAUGAUGAUGGAGGAAGAAAGACAAAAUCAUGAUCUAUUGAGAAAGAGAAGAGAAGAGGAGUAUAGAGAGAGAGAAGAACGAUAUAAAACAGAGAUGAAAAGAGAACGAGAGGAAUGGGAGCGACAGAAACAACUGGAAAGGCAAAGAAGAGAAGAAGAGGAGAGAAGGAUUCAGAAACUUAAAUGAGAGAGAAAGAAAGAAGAUCAAACAUGAAGAAGAGAAAGCACAGAAAUACUGAAUAAACCAGACAAUGGAGCAGUUACUGGGCCUACAUUUUGCUGUGGAGCAAAGCUGAAGCAGGGUUUCACUCACCAGUGAGCGGAGAGCGAGGGAACAGUGGUAAAGGGAAAUCUGUAGUGCUUACAGACUGCUUUGACACUCAACUUGAUACAGUACUCUUCUUCCAGUGCACACAUUUGAUUUGAUUACUUCAGGUGCUUUCUGCCGCAGUGGCUAAUAAGAGUGAUGGAGUUACACGGUACUACUGUGUUUCACCCGCAUUUGGCAGGUGGGAGGGUCUCACAAAUAAAUAAAGUCCCCAGCAGGCAAACAUGAAAUGAUGCAUCAUGUAAUAAUCAUAUACAUUUUCUGAAAUAUUUUUCUCUCAAAUCUCUGACACAAAUCUGUUAUAUAUGAUUCACUUGUUGGACUGUUUCUCACACAAACCUAAUGGAAAUUAUUUCAAAAGUCCUGAAGUGUACAGCUCAUAGUUG